AUGCGGAGGUUUCUCCUCGGCACAACAGGUGGGCUUAGCGUUGCUUUCCAGUGGCUUCUUCUACUUUCUGGCGCUGGGCUCGGCGAGACCCCGGACACCCAGCAGAUCUUCAAGGUGUUCCUCUCCUUCCUCACCAUUUCCUGCCGGAGCCUAUCUGCUUUGCCCCGCACACGUCAUUACAAGAGACUGACGGACGACAUCUACGAUUCUGCACAGGCGCUUUACCGCUGCUUGUUCGCCAUGGACCUGGUUAUCAGUGCGGAACCCGGGUCCGGGUUGCAUUCUUACGACUGCUGGGGCUUGGUGGAUGGGCCUGUCAACUUGCACUGGAACGUUUGCCUGUCCUGGGCAAUCCCAGCAGGACUGCUGCUGCUAUCUUGGUGCUGGGUUGGCAAACAUGGGUGGCUGAAGGCACUUGUGGUGUGGGGGAAUGUCUUCUUUCCUCCACUUGUCGGCACUGCAGCGAAGAUUCUGCCCUGCUUCUCGACGCAGGAGGCAAGGCACACGCGCAUCCUCAUGUACGAGGCUGCUCUUGGCACAAAGUGCGUCUCCAGCUUCUCUGACAUGCUGGGGCUGUCCCGUUUCUGGCUGGCUGCAGGGACAAGCCUUCUGCUGCUUCUCCUGGGGCCCCUUCUUUGGCUCGCACUGGCUGCCUGCGAUCCUACGAAGGAACACUGGGAGCGCAAGGACACGGUAGCCUUCCUGGUGGCAGGGUACAAGCCGAAUCUUCGUUUUUGGGAGGUCGUCGUCCUGUCCAGGAAGGCGGCCAUUUUCGUGGUCGCCACAGUGCUUCCAAUGUCUUGGGCACCUGGCGCGCACUUAGUGUACCUCCUCGGCAUCAUUGUCGUUGCAGAACUCCUUCAUGUCACCAUCCAGCCCUACGCCAGCCCAUUCCUCAAUCGGCUGGAGGCGCAGAUGCUGGGAAUUUCUUCGGCAUGCUUGGUGCUGGUAAUUUCGUUGCUGGUGGAGUGGCCGUUCAUGCCCUAUGCCAUUUAUGUCACUAGCAGCACUCUCUUCUUUGGGCUCACAGUUGGAGUCUACAUCUACUUCCUGUGUCUCUACAUCCGCAGUGCGCUCGACAAGCAGCCAGAGACGAGCAAGGCGGACCAAGCGGAAGAAGGUGAUGACUGA